UCAAUAUUUACGUUUGAAACACACGAUUUACGGACAAAAACAAGAUUGUGUACAAUGUCACGCUUGGUUAAAUUUGAAUAUCCGAUAACUUGGUCUACCUGACACUAAUUCAUAAUUUCGAAUAAUAUGUCGCAUUAAAAAUUUAAAACACCUGUUUUGUAUAAUUCUAAUUUUAUGAGAAUUAUGUCUAGAUCUGCAGGGAUAUUAUAGAUUUGAGAUACACUGUGCAGAACGUGUAGCGCGGAUACAAUAUUGAAAAGAUAAAGAAUGGCAAUACAAACACCACCUCUGCAUUUUGGGAUUGAUCUUGUAGACCAGGCUGUCUACCAUAUUGAGUUUAUCAAGGCUGUAAAUAACAACAAAGAACUUUGUAAACCGGAAGUUCUUAAACGAGCUAUUUAUAGAUACGAAAAGUUUUGGUUACCAUUGGCCGCCGAACAUCCAAGAGAAUGUCUGUCUGCGCCAAUGGAUAUCGAGUGGGUGUGGCAUUGUCAUAUGUUGUCUCCAAGGGCAUACGAGAGGGAUUGUCAUGAAGUCAUUGGGACAUCCGCCAACCAUACCAUUUUCAGGCCAGACGACUUUCAAAUCUCAAGAAACCGGGCGCAUGGGUAUUGGUCUGAAAAAUAUUCGGAACCAUUCUACAUCGACUACAGUGCUAGUUAUGAUGAAGGCGUGGUUUCAAAGUUUACGUCACGUAUUAGUUACGACAUAAUGGCGGCUGCAGAAAGACAAAGGCUAUUUUGCUACCAGGUCUCUUUACCUCAUUACCAAGACAAGAAAUUUCUAGAAAGUUCACUGGCCAGGUACAAACAGUUCUUGUUGCUGAAAAGGAAACAUUCUGACGAAUUCAUCGUCCCCUGUUACGACAUUGACCUCAUUUGGCAUACUCAUCAGCUGAAUCCGCUGCUCUAUAAAAUUGAAACAACAAGAAUUAUUGGACAAUUGUUUAACCAUGACGAUUCAGUCAACGAAAGGCACGAGGGGUCAAAGUUAAACAUUGCUGAUCAGCGUACUCGCUUCCUUUGGAAGCAAGAUUAUAAUGAAUCGUUUUCGAAAUGUGGAGCAAUGUUUCGAGGCAAUCCGCCCGACGACAAAUUUUACACAAUAACGCAGAAAGAUGAGUUCGCGAUUUGUACGAAGCGGUGUUUACUGUCUAUAGAUAUGUUAACAUUAAAUGUACCGUCACCAGAUCUCAAUCGAAGCAAGCAUGUAAGUUUAUUGGCAAGCAGCGCUAAGGUUUCAAGAGCGGAAGUUGCAAAGUGGUUCAAACUAAAACGUCCAGCAAGCAGCCGACCGGGCAAUCCAUCGAUAGCAUGGUCAAAGAUUGGCAGCUUUUCAUUCGAUACGAUGAACGAACAUGGCGUUCUAUUUUCCAUACAACAAAAAUCAGGCUUGCUUAGCUCUAAAGCUGUUGUUUAUUCAAGUUUCCUGGACCUAAUGCCCGUUAUAGAAUCUCCAGUAAACGCCACAAAGCCUGGCGGAUUAUUAAAAGGCAAACUAAAAUUCAAAGAUAACGUGACCUUGGAUAUUCAAGGUCACUAUCAACAGCCGAAAAUAAGUGACGUAUUCCUGUUUCUCAUUGAAGGCUCGUAUAAAGAUGAAAAAAUACCUGAUGACCUUAAGACAAUGCUGGGAUCAAUUACACCGGAAGAACUUUCUUCAGAGCAAAACAAUACUUGUCAAAUAGCAACACAUUUGUUAAGAAAUCAUCUUAGUAAGGAUAUUUUCAAGGUACGAGUUGUACACAAUAUGUCAUUGAUGACGUCAGCAAUACAGGUGUACUACGACGACAAGAUGUGUUGUCUUGCUCAUCUAAUUGCAGCAGAUCAGUUACCAUUACCGACACAGGUCAAUCAAAAUAUUGUAACGAUUAAUCCUAAACGAGGGGAGCGGGCUGUACUGAUCAAAAACAACAGUGGUGACUGGGGAAUAGUUUGCGGCCAGUGGGUAGGACUGAGAAAAGGCGUUCCUCCGCAAGCAGGACGCAGAGGAAUUCCAGGCAGUCCUGGUACUCUUAGAAUCAAGUUUUAUAAAAUAGGCACCAAAGAAUUAUUUGAGAGUGACCUGCCGUACCUACUAAGACAAUAUAAGUUGAACAUAGACUCAGCCAGGAUGGACGUAAAGACCGGCGUUCUUCGCAUCGAUCCUCAAACGAACGAGAUAGCUGAGCACGUGGCGCUUGCCUUCUCAAUAUCAUUGCUGCACGUGCUAUGUGUCCCGACGCCAAUCGCUAAAAUGGCAGCACGAGGAGCACGAGCUGUCGAGUCUGUCCCAUCCGAGGCUUUGGCAUAUGUAAAAGCUUCCGGUUUGCUUCAAAAGACGCCGUCAAAUCUUUACUUUGCUGUAAACUUUGGAUCUAGUUUCUGUCGGAUGUGUUUAGGCGAUAGAGAAGAAUUUAUAGACAUUGACAAAGAAUUAAACUAUUUUGAUGAUGCUGGAGACUUUGGAGGAAUUGACUUUAGCGGUGCCGACGGCGGUGACGCAGGGUGCGGAGGCUGUGGCGGAUGUGGAGGCGGUGGUUGGGGUGGUGGUGAUGGGGGUGGCGGUGGUGAUGGGGGCGGAGGUGAUGGUGGUGGCGGUGGAGACGGUGGUGGUGGCGGUGGUGGAGGUGGGGGCGGGGGAUGUGGUGGCUAGAUAAAGAAAUUCAAGUGUUUUACACAUAUAAACUUGUAUCAUCAAACAAUUACUUACCUGUUUGCUUCAGUUACAAAUGUCAAGGUGGCUGCGCAAACUAUAAAUACAAUGGAACAAAGAAAUAAUCUAAAAUAAUCUAUGACCAAGACACUCCUUAGAAAAGGACGAUAUUAUUAUGUUAUGUAUAUGGUGUUACUUAUAAAAUUGAUAACUUUAUAGAAUAUCACAUGGUUAGACUAUUAUAAGAUAAUGAUUACAUUAACCUUUUACCCCAUGAGCAUGUUGUGAAAAAUGGCCGUUUUCAUUGAAAAGCCUCCUGUUACAAAUUCUAACUGCUAUAAAACUAUGAAAAAUGCUUCAAUACUGAUGAAACUUGGCACACCUCUAUAACAACAUGCUCAAUCUUAAAUUUUCUGUUACCAUGGCAACGGGGGGACGUCUCAAAAUUGCGAAAAAUCACUGUUUUGCUUUUUUCCCAUCAAAACUGAUUUCAAAGUGCUGCAACUUCUUAAUGCAAUGAGAUAGAGUAAAAGGCUUUUCAGCGUUGGUUACACGUCACCUUAAGAUCGACCUGAGGCCAUUUUUAGCCUGUCACAUGUCCAAAAUUUUCUUGGCGAUUAGGGGGACUGCCGCCCCCUUCACCCCCAACAGAAGAGGGCACAUCCCCAUUCUGGCAACCCCCUGAUGUAUUAUUCUGAUGGGGGCCGCGCCGAAAAAGUGGUCACUUUUUUAACAACAUUUUUCAAACGAAAAACAGUGUUUUGGGCCUAAAUAGGGCAUUUUUUCACUGUUUGAGGCCUUAAAAAGGGGGGGGGGGGGACAAAAAGCCGUCAAAACAUGUUUAUAUAAGGGAAAAGGUUUACUAACUAAAUGUGUAUGAAAUGUAAGCAGGGAAACACUUUUAUAUGAGGGAUACUUCAUAUUCAUAAGAUAUAACAUAUUAAUAUACUGUGUAUUAUAUUAACUAAAUAUUACACAUUAUUAUCAUUGUCAUUAACAUCAAGUGGUUUUUCUAUUGUUUGAUUAUGUCUUUAACAUAAUUAACAUUUUUCUAAACACGUAUUUUAUACACUUUCCGUAAGCUAGAAUUCCUGCACACCAAUAUGUUACAAUAAAUAUAUAAAUGUUAAUGUAAUAUUCAUAAGUAUUAAAGUACAUCUUUGCU